CGGACUCUAUCGUGGUCAGUUCAGUGAGAAAUGGUCUAAUGGUGAUCCUGUAACAUUCAGAAAUCUGACAGGGGAUUGUGGGACAUCAGACUGCUGUGCUGCUAUGAAGCCUGAUGGUUCAUGGGAAAGUCUUCAGUGCAGAGGGACAAGAUAUUUCAUGUGUUAUGAAGAAGAUGCUUCCUCACAGACUCCUAAUUAUCAUCUAAUCCCUGAGACUAAGACCUGGUAUGAAGCUCAGCAUUACUGCAGACAGAUAUACACUGACCUGGUCAGCAUCAGAGAUCAGCAGCACAAUGAAGAGGUGAAGAUUAAAGGGUUAAACAGCACCAUGUCCUUCUGGAUCGGCCUGCUGCAGGAUGACUGGCAGUGGACUGAUGGAGGAAACUCCGCCUACAGAAACUGGGCUUGGUGGAGCGGUUAUCCUUCAUCAUCACCAUCCGACUGUGUAAUACUGAGUGGAGGGAGAUGGUACUCAGUCCUGUGCAGUGAUUAUUAUCCCACUCUGUGUUACGGCAACAGUAAGUGUGGACUUUCUGAAGAGUAAAAUGUUCUCAGCAAUCUUCUGUAUGAAGACUAGAACACAGCUGGUGUGAGUCUCUCUCUCUGAUAUCACUCUAAACCAUCCUCCUCCUUUUGGGUUUUUGUGUCUCUAUCAGCUUCCAUCCAUGUGAGUGAAGUGACUCUGAGCUGGGAGAAAGCUCUGGAUUACUGUCAGGAAGAGGACAGAGCUGGAAUUCUGAUCAUCGAUUCUCAGGCUGAACAGGAAACAUUGGAGUCUGAGCUCAUGAGGAGGCGUGUCCCUCCAGGGUCUCUGUGGGUGGGGCUCGGCCCGAAGCGCGUCUCCGAGCUGAAGGUGUCGUCCGGUCCGCUGACCUGCGAGGACGUAGAGAGACAGACAGAAGCUCAGCAGUCUCACUGCACUGCUGACACACACACUGCAGAAGCAGCACCUGAUUAUGUGAUGGACUCCACUGAACUUAGAGUCGUGUGUCAGUUGAAGUAAAAGGUGUUUUUCUCGAUGCUGGAAGAACUGAGCACUGCACACGUUAGUGUUUUCAUCACAAACUCACCUGAACACUUCAUUAUGCACUUGUUCACUAGGUGAUGAGGGGAAUCAGGUGUCAUAGAGCAGGAAAAAGCCUAAAGUGUGCAGGAAGUGUUCACACACUCAGAGCUUCACACAUCAAUUCACACUCACAAGAAGAUCCAGAAUUUGGGAUUGAGGAUCUCUGUUAAGGCUAUGCUGUUAAUGCUUUUCUCUAAAUUCUUGUUUAAGAUAAAAAUUAAUCAUA